GGCGAAGGCGCGGAGGAAUACGCGGUGAGGCGGCCCGGUUUGAAUGCGGGAGGCGGGUACCUGUAAUUACAGGAGAGCAAAGGCUGACUAAAUGUUUCUUAAAAUAAAUCACUAACAAUGCACAGACGAUCUAAGAAUAUAAAUGCUUCCCUGGAAGUUAAAGAAAAUGAGAGUAGUUACACUGAAGAGAAGGAAGAGGCCUCUUUCCCUGAUGUGUCAAAAGACCAGAAGAUUUGCAAAGUGAUUAAAUCAAAAGUCGCAAAGGCAUCCAAGAAGGAGAAUUUAAGUGAUGGGAACCAGGCGCAGUUGGAAAAAUGCACCCUGAAAUACACCAAAGGCCUCGAGAAGAAAUCAUAUCACAGGGAGGAUGUUAGCUGUCAGUUUACUGAAUGCAUUUUCGAUACACUAAAAGGGGAUAUGGUUGGUGAACAUACCUUGCCUUUGAACAGUAAGGAAAAUUUUUCAAGUAGACCUGUUUCUUUGGGGGCUGAAUGCUACUUGACACCUAAUAGAGAUGAAGCAGAAGAAAAAUCUGAUUGUGCCAUAUCAGAGAAACAGAGGAAAAAACCUGUUGAUUUGAGAACUGUAACAAUUGCUGAAUUUGGGAUUACUCAAGAAAAUUUUACUAAACAAUCUAUAGGGAAGUCUCCAACUUCAUUAAAAUAUAGACGAAGAUCAGCAAUUGGAGUACGGGGAUCACCAGAAAAUAACACCCUUAUUCAAUACCUUGCCCAACAGAGAAGCAACAGGCAAAAAGCAGCUUUUACACAGGUUAGUCCUUUUAAACGUGAAAAUGUCAGGUUGUUGAAGGACAAGAUAGAUGUCUUUCAACAAUCCUUUCAAUCAGUACAAGAAGCUGAAGGGGAGACUGGCUUCUCUGGACUGUCACAAGUGGAUGAUGCUUCCCAGGAAGCAGACUGUUAUUUCAGUUCUGACCACAUCGCUAAAGAUGUUAGAAGUAAUGUUAUAUCAGAUCUAAGCAGAAAGAAAGUUAGUUUUGGAGAAGAACUGAGCCUGGAAAUAUUUGAUGAAAGCAAGCCACCUAUCACACCACCUAUCACACCACUACAAACAGGAAAUACUUCAUUAAAUGAACAUAUACAGAGUGGCUCCCAUCUGCGAUCUGUAUUGAAGAAAACACCAGCGAAGCAACUAAUGGAUAGCAUGAAGGAAUACUUGGACGAUGCAGUUGACGGAGGAGGAGGUGAAUCUCUCGCAAUCUCCAAUUGUGGAAAAAUCUUGGAAGCAUUGCAAACAGAGAAAACUGAAAGACAUAGCUCUGAAAAGCCAAAGAGGAAAAGAGUUACUUUUGGAGAAGUUCUAAGCCCAGAAAUAUUUGAUGAAACUUUGCCUGCAAAUACUCCAUUGCGCAAAGGAGCAACGCCAGUCCGUCAUCCAGGAUUACAAAGUAAUAGCCCUUUUGCAAGGUCAAGUCUCAUUGAAGAACCAUUAUCCCAGCCGAACUUUGAUUGCAAUGAUGAAUGUCUUGAGCCUCUUCAAGAGUUAGUGGAGGGUCCUGUUGCUGCAGAAGACCUCUUACCUGUUGAAAAUGCAGAAGCAGAAACUGACAAAUCUGACAUGAUAAAAACUCGUUCUUCUACUAAAAGGAAGUGUAGCACCGUUUCAGAGGGGACUGAUUUUAGCAUCUCAAGAGCCACAAAUACUAAGAAUGUUAAAGAUACUAAAAAUCCAAGAAAGAACAAGUUUCAAAAACAAAAGAAUAUAACCACAUCUGCUGCCAAAAAGACACCAAAAAUAAAACAUACAGGCUAUGGGAAAAGAAGAAAGAAAAAAGUAAAAAAAUCUUUAUAUGGGGAAAGAGAGAUGGCUUCUAAGAAACCUCUUCUCAGCCCUAUCCCUGAAAUUCCAGAGUUUUUCUCUUCUGCCUCAUCUCCAAACUCACCAAAGGCAAAUGUAUUUUUUUCAGACGAUACCAAAUCCGGGAAUGCUCACAAGGAUGUUCAACAGAAGCCAGCAGUUGAAAGAAUGAGAGGGAGAAAUGUCUGUGCGGUUCAUAUGUGUUCAAGCCCUAAGGACCUGGACAUUGCAGAAGCCAGCAGUUCCAAUAAUACAGUGUUUCAGUUUUCAAACAUUGUGCCAGAUGCAAAGUGUGGUUUUGUUACAUCUGACUAUUUCCAACAAGGUAAAGAGACUGCAUGUGUAAAAGAGGCAAAAGAAAGUGGUUCCUUGAUAGAAAAUGAGAAAUUACAAGGAAAUCUCCUAAAUAAGGCAGAGCGGCUAAGUGGGCUAGAAUUUCUGGAACAAGAGGACACUAGUGUACCUGAAGGUGCCCAAAGAACUCGGUGUCCACCAAAAGAUUCUAUAAGAGGUAGUCCACCAAGGAGAAGAAGAAGUAGUAGUGCCAUCUAUUUUCCUCCUGUUGAAAAAUUAGAAAUAACUGGAAACGAUUUUCCAGUUUCUUCUUUUAAUGUGGAAGAAGUCUUAUCUGUUCCUCAGCUAAAAAAUGACUCCUUGGAGCCUUUUAGAAGAAAGAGCGAUGACAAUGGCGAAAGAAGAGUGAGGCGCAGCAUGAGAUUACAUAAAGAUGCAGAAAUUGAAGGACUUGCAUGGAUUCAAGUACCCAAUGAGAUUCCAAAGAACCCUCCCCUGCUAGCUUCUGCUUGCAAAACCAGGAGAACAAUAAGCACAUCCAUCCUUACAGAAUCUGAGAAUAUUCACCAUAGAGAACAAAAUCUCAUCCAGUUUUCAGCACCAGGGAAGGAGAACAAUGACUCUGCUAAUCCUGCUGAUGGUCCUUGCAAAAGAUGGAAGAGGAAAAGCAUGUGUGUAUCUACACCUCACGAAACAACAACUUGGUCUCAAACCCGGAAAAGGAGCAUAACAAAUUCUGUAUAUAGGAAGGUCAGAAGGAACCCAAAACACUAUGAAGAAGUAGAAAUACCUCUUGAAAAUAACAUUUAG